AUGGCAGAUAAUAAUAAAAAACGGGACAGUUUCAGAAAACUGUUUCCAAUGUUGUUCUUUUCGAGUAAAAACAAACAGAAAUCUAUAAAUGAUAAUCAAUUAUCAAAAAAAGUUAGUAGUAAAAGUGGCACCAGUAGGGACAAUCAAUAUCAGAAUCCGCGAUCUGUGAUACAAAAGCAUGAAGUACAUAAUGCUGUGGAGGAAGAUGAAGAUCGUGUCUAUGAAAACCUUUCCACGGUAUCUCGUCAGCAGAAUCUAAAUAACUACCCGAAUAACCAUUCAUCGAGCAGCACUUUAGUGUCAGAAAAUGUUACUCCACAACAUCAAAAUACACAAGUAACAAUAACAAGUGAUCAAAAUGAUUACAAAUAUGUAGCAAGGCCACAAGUGCCACCAAGGCCGAUGAACGAGGUACCAUUACAUACUCCAGUCAACACAGUGUCGAAUACGUUGAGAAUAAAUCCGUACCCUGACGUAUACUAUCAUUCUUUAGAGAAACUUAAAGAUAUCAAGCCAAUUAAUGAAACGGAAAUCUAUGCAGCGUCUCGUUCGCAAAUUCAGCCGGCGUCUGUAGGCGCGGAAAUAAAAAAAGUCAGCACAAGAUUCCUGAUUUCCCCAAAGAAGGAAGCUGAAGUUAGAACGAUACAACCGACGAGGGCCCGAAGCUUAUCGCUUGAUAAAGAGAAAUUUAAAAGCAACGGGAAUUAUAAUAAACAACCAUUAAAAAAUUUCGAAAAACCAUACAAUUAUUCAGCUCCUUCUACACCGGUUGCUGUAAAUCAUAAGAUACCAAACAUGCCUGCAACUAGUUCGCCUUACGAACAAGUUAGAAAAACUAUGAUAGAAGCAGAGGAGAGAAGAAAUUCGGUAAGCAGAUGCAGCUCUCGCAAUAAGUCCACACCAUCACCCAUGCUUCUUCAUGGUUCUUCUAAAUCAUCCAAUGAAAAUGUCAAAAUAGGUGAUACGAUGAAAAAAGAAAAGACACGUAAGCAAGUGGAAGCUUUUUACUGGCACAAAAUCGUUGAAAUGAAAUUAAAGGAGGAUGAAUAUCUUUUGAAACAAUCAAUAAACAACAACAUGAGAAUGCCCGGAACAAGUCAAGCGACAUAUUCCACGUCGAAUUGCAGUACGCCGGUAUCAUUUGUAACAGAUCCGAGAAGCUGCAGUCUGCCAAGAGGAAACGAAAUAAACCAAGCUAUAUAUUCUUCACCAUUUACGAGAGGUGCUAUGGAACGGAGGACGGAUUCUUUCAUCACUAAUAAAACGGUCAGAAGAGAUCCCCCCAUAGUUUACCGUCACCACGAACCAUCACAACAGAUUGCAAAAACUAAAAUCUUCGAUCGCGGUUCAUUAACACGGGAUCCUGUUGUCGUACAACAGUCCAAGCGAGUUAGUUUUGACAAUCCGAUGUACCGUGGGACAGUUUUGAAUUCGGGAACGCAAAGAAGGGAUGUGCCAUCACAAGAAUUGGGGCAUAAGGAACCUCCGCGGCCACCAAUUCGUACUAGUAGUGCAGUUAGUGCAAACAAAAAUUACAGACUAGUGUCUCAUAAUAGGAACACUGUUAAAGUUAUGGGCGGACCUCAUUCAAUCUGUUCAGAAUCUGAGAGCGGUUCAGAGGCUGGUGAAAUUCAGAGAAUAAUGCAGAACAACGAACGGAGAGGUGAGUAA